UAUUCACCCAGAGCUGGUUGCCGGAGCGUCGUCAAUGGGAAGGAAACGCCGCGUUGGAAAAAACGCACACUGUUUAGCCAAAUUUCAACUGCACCAUGGUUUGCGGCUCAGUUCCGUGUUUGUGGACUAUAUUUUGCCUUCAUUUAUGUUUUUAUGUGAACACUGGAAUAGCACAGAACACAAGAGAGGUGAUCCUGCUGGAUUCAAAGGCGCAGCAGACAGAGCUGGAAUGGAUAUCGUCUCCUCCAAGCGGGUGGGAAGAGAUCAGCGGCUUAGAUGAAAACUACACACCCAUUCGCACAUACCAGGUCUGCCAGGUCAUGGAGCCAAAUCAGAACAACUGGCUACGGACUAACUGGGUUGAGAAGGGCGAUGCCCAGAGGAUUUUUGUGGAGCUGAAGUUUACCUUGAGGGAUUGUAACAGCCUUCCAGGGGUGGUAGGCUCUUGCAAGGAGACGUUCAACUUGUACUACCAGGAAACCGACGUGGAGGUGGGCAGGAAUAUAAGGGAGAGUCAGUAUGUGAAAAUUGACACUAUAGCGGCGGACGAGAGCUUCACUCAGGGUGACCUGGGGGAAAGAAAGAUGAAGCUCAACACGGAGCUGCGUAUAAUCGGGCCCCUAUCCCGCCGAGGCUUCUACCUGGCCUUUCAGGAUUUAGGUGCCUGCAUCGCUUUGGUCUCUGUCAAAGUGUAUUACAAGAAGUGUUGGUCGAUUAUUGAGAACCUGGCCACGUUCCCAGAUACAGUGACGGGAUCUGAGUUUUCAUCGCUGGUGGAAGUGGAGGGCACAUGUGUCAAUGAUGCAGAAGAGGAGGCCGACAACUCUCCCAAAAUGCACUGCAGCGCAGAAGGAGAGUGGCUUGUACCCAUUGGGAAAUGUAUAUGCAAAGCUGGAUUUCACCAGAAGGGAGAUGCAUGUGAACCCUGUGGUCGUGGAUUCUACAAGUCUUCAUCCCAGGAUCUUCAGUGUUCCCGUUGUCCCGCGCACAGUUAUAACGACAGAGAGGGCUCAUGGAGAUGUGACUGUGAAGACGGCUAUUACAGAGCCCUCUCCGACCCCCCUUCAGUCGCCUGCACUAGGCCACCAUCAGCUCCUCAGAACAUGCUUUACAACAUCAACCACACCACUGUCAGCCUAGAGUGGACCCCGCCAGCCGACACGGGCGGCCGUAAUGACGUGACGUACCGGAUUAUUUGCCGCCGAUGUACCUGGGAGCCAGAAGAGUGCUUUCCUUGUGGGAGCAACGUUGGCUACUUGCCACAGCAGAGUGGAUUAAUGGACACCUACGUCACCAUCACCGAUCUGUUAGCUCAUGCAAACUACACCUUUGAGGUUGAGGCCGUGAACGGCGUGUCCGACCUUAGCCGUACCCAGCGACUGUUUGCAGCCGUCAGCAUCGCGACCAGCCAAGCAGGUAAGAGGGUUUGCACUUCUGUGGCAAUUCGACUGCAGAUCUGAAAGGUUUUUAGAUGCAAAUCCGCAUUUUACAUAUGUAUAUUUGCAUCAUUUUGCUUUUUGACUCCAUUGUGUUAUGCUUUGGAUGCAUGUUUAACGCUAGAAGGAAGUUCUGGUGUUUUCAUGUUGGAAGC